AUUCAUCAUGGCGGCUGCUUUGUUUUGGUACUUAUUUCUGUUGUGUGUUUCUUUACAUUCGAGAGGAUUCAUUGAAGCUCAGCAGAUACAAGACGCAUGUUACAAACCAAUCAAGGACCACAGACCAUCAUUUAUAAAGAUUUACCCCCGACCUCAUGAAUAUGUAAAUGCCUCUGAUCUCCCUGCUUCUUGGGACUGGCGCAACAUCGAUGGCAAAAACUACGUGAGCAUCACUCGCAAUCAGCACAUUCCACAGUACUGCGGCUCGUGCUGGGCCAUGGGCGCCACCAGUGCACUCGCAGAUCGCAUUAACAUCAAGAGGAAAGGGGCGUGGCCUUCUGCAUACCUGUCUGUGCAGAAUGUGAUUGACUGUGGCGGGGCGGGCUCGUGUUAUGGUGGUGAUCAUGUGGGAGUGUAUGCAUACGCACACGAGCGAGGCAUUCCUGAUGAAACCUGUAAUAAUUACCAAGCCCGUAAUCAAAAAUGUGACUCAUUUAAUCAGUGCGGCACAUGUUCGUUCUUCGGCUCCUGCUCCAUAAUUCAAAACUACACAGUGUGGAAAGUUGGGGACUAUGGCGUGGUCUCAGGACGAGACAGGAUGAAAGCUGAAAUCUACAAAAAUGGGCCGAUCAGCUGUGCAAUAAUGGCCACUAAAGCCCUGGAGUCAUAUGACGGAGGGAUAUUUGCUGAAUUUCACAUUCUGUCUCUGCCGAAUCACAUCAUCUCAGUUGCGGGCUGGGGUGUAACAGAGGAUGGGACAGAGUUCUGGAUCGUCAGAAACUCUUGGGGCGAGUUUUGGGGUGAGUCGGGCUGGGCCAGGAUUGUCACCAGUGCAUAUAAGGGAGGGAAAGGCAACUGGUACAACCUCGCCAUCGAGCAAAGCUGUGCAUAUGGAGACCCAAUCGUGAUGUAGUGGAGGAGGUGGGAUCUGGGACACUUCCACUCACAGUAUUAGAAUUGAUGUCAUUCAUAGACUGGAAUUGAACUCAUCAUCAACUCAUCAAGCACACAGAAUAAGAAAUCGCUGAAGAGCAAGACGUGAAUAGUUUUUUAUGUAAUUGUGAAGAAAUAUCCUUUUGAGAAUGUAAAUCAUUGUUUACAUAUCAAACAUAGGAGAUGUGUCAUAUUAGAGUCUUUAGAUCCUUAAUUAUCUUAAAUCAGGAUUGUUUUCAAUAGAGUGACAGUGGAAAUGAGUAGUAAUAUGAUGCAAUUCACUGCUCUAUCAAAUGUGAUGUACAUGUUGCCAAAUAUUUUUGGACACUUUAAGGGGCCGUUCACACAAAAUGUGUUUUUGUGGCCAUCUGCGGUCUUUAAAAAAAUGUUUUCAUAUGUAAACAAGUGCUAGACAGACAUCUUUGAACAUGCUUUUUUGAAGUGACGUGUCACAUGGGCAAGGCAAUUUAUUUAUAAAGCACAAUUAAAAACAAUGGACUGUUGACCAAUGUGCUGUGCAAUAAAAUAACUAAAGUAGAGUGGCAGGUCUAGAGGCAUAACCUGCAUUAUGUACCAUUUGUUGUGAUGUAUAGCUUUUUGUUACAUAAUAAUGCAUUCGGUCUGAACAGCCUAUAUAGGAUUUACAGGUUGGUGAUUCUUAAUAUUUCAUGUUAAAUUAAAACUUCAUUUUGUUUUUAAUUUAGUGCACUUAUUUACAAUUAAACACAGUGAAACCUCAAUUCUAACAAAAACAAUUUUGUUUAAAUGGUCUUUUAUCUUUGAAUGAAGAUUCAAUAGAUUUUAUGUAUGUAUCUGUUCUGUCUGGUCCUUCACACUUUUUGUAAUUGGGUGAAUCGCACAAAGCCUGUCAAGAACAUGUGCAAAUCAUAUUUCACCAAAAAAUCAGAAACAUAUUUUGCAUGAAAACAAAUGAAGCCUAUAUUUGAGAUUUUCUUUCAAGGUGACAUUAUUAUCAUGAUUUAAGAUAGACUUUUAAAUGUAUUUAAAAAAAUUAAAAUUAAAGUAACAGUUCACCCAAAAAUGAAAAUUCUCUCAUUAUUCACUUACCCUGAUGCUAUCC